CACUGAAUAAACAUUACCUGUAGAGGUGGUGGUGAUCAUGGUCCUCUAUCGAGUAUUCUCCACUCCUCAUCUGAUCAAGCAUUAUUCCACAGUAUUCUCAAAGGCCACCGUGUUCCAGAUCAUAACAUACGCUCUCGUUAUCCUAGCUCCAUUCUUUAUUGCCUAUUCAACUAGAGAUUUUUGGCAGUACACAAGUAGCUAUAGAGAGCAGGCUGAUAUUCAUUUUAUUGGUCAGUGGAUAUUUCAAGUGACUACAGACGCUAGCCCUAUAGCAAAGACAUGGAGCAGUUACAAUGGCCUGAAUCGUUUACUCCAGGACGACACAUUGUCACCUUUAAACUCUGAAAUAUCAAUACCAAUAGUGAAAUUCAGAGAACAGGAUUAUAAUUAUGAUCGUAUUAAUGAUCAGUUGCUAUUGACAAUAGAAUAUAACGAACUGGAGUAUAAUAUAACCGGAAUACAAGGGCUUCUCUUUUUUGAAGUAUCACUAAAUUCACAUGCAUCAGUGACACUACAAGGUCUCAUUCAUUUCAGUAACAGUUGGUCAUUGCCAGCAUCACAUUACUGGCUGCUAGGUGACACACUGAUAUACCAGAGAGACCCACUUCCAGCCACUGGGAGACUCACCACACACAACACUACCAUAUACAAUGACACCAGUAGACUCACUCAAGAUAAUGAGAUAAUUGGAAUAUUAAAGAAUUAUCAGCAACGGAAUUUAUCAAUAUCAUUGGCUAAUAGAAUGGAUUAUUGGGAGUAUGGUACAGGGUCCAACUUCACAGCUCACAUCUCUCUUACUUUCCCUGUACAAACACUGAUCUACAUCCCAGGACUCUGGCAAGUAUUAAAGUUUGCUUGGAUACAGUAUCUUGCAAUACUCGUCAUCUUUUAUGCUGUGCUGAGUUGUGUACAGUCCUUUGUGUUCCAGAACCAAAUAAUACUGACAGUACAGGCCAGAACUGAUAAAAAACCUCACCAACGAUGAUGUUUUCAUUUUUUUGUUAUAAAAUACUUUUGCAACUAUUGGCUUGUGAAAUGCAUGGGCAACUCAA